GCUGCCCUUCCUGCAGCCCCCUUUCCUUCGCCCUUGAAAGCCCGUGCAGAGUUCAUUGAUGCACCCAUUUCAGUGGUGUAACGGGUGUUUCUGCGGCCUGGGACUGGUCAGUACCAAUAAGUCCUGUUCAAUGCCACCGAUCAGUUUUCAGGACCUUCCUCUCAACAUCUACAUGGUCAUCUUUGGUACAGGCAUCUUUGUCUUCAUGCUCAGCCUAAUCUUUUGCUGCUAUUUUAUCAGCAAACUCCGGAAUCAGGCACAGAGUGAACGAUAUGGAUAUAAGGAGGUGGUGCUUAAAGGUGAUACCAAGAAGUUACAGUUAUAUGGGCAGACCUGUGCAGUCUGUCUGGAAGACUUCAAGGGCAAGGAUGAACUGGGUGUGCUCCCUUGCCAACAUGCCUUUCACCGGAAGUGUCUGGUGAAAUGGCUGGAAGUGCGCUGUGUCUGCCCUAUGUGUAACAAGCCCAUAGCUGGCCCUUCGGAGACCACCCAGAGCAUUGGGAUCUUAUUAGAUGAACUGGUGUGAGCACUGCCAGCUCUCCACUGAGGCCUGGCAAAGACCUGCCUCCCAAUGCCUGGUACCUCUGCUCAGCUGUGAUGAACAAGACUAUUGGUAUAGAGGUCACCUGGGGAUGGGAGUAGGGAUUUAAGGAAGGUCUGGCCAUCUACGUUGGGGUGUGAAUGGGCCUGCCCCCUUUCUGCCUCCUGAAGUUGUCUCCCCAGUACUGGUGGUACCCGCCCACCUACCCUCAAGAUCCCUGCAUCCUGGUACCAGUCCUUCUGCUGGCCUUGUCUUGGCCCUGGGAAGGAAAAACACCCCUGCCUGCUCAAGGACUUGAAAUACAGCCCUCAAGAGGUCUUAGGAGGACAGGAUGCCCUGAUCCAGAGGAUGAGUUGGGUUCUCUAAGGCUUAUGUCCUCUCUCCUCCCUUCUCCCUUCCAUGGAAGGAAAGGAAGGAAAGGAAUAUUGAGAAACCAAGUGCCUAGUUGCCAUGAGCAGGGCUCUGGCAGACAGUGGGUUGAGCAAGGACGUAUCAGUGGACAUCAGUGUUUACACAGGACCCACAGAGACCAAGGCUUGUUGAUGGCCUCCCCUGCUGGGAUCUGAGGUGCUAUCCACUUGUCUCUAGUUAAUCUCAGAGCUUCCGAGUUCAUGGAGGAGCUCUGGGCUCCUUGAGAAAAGACUUGCUCAACUCUCCAAUAGAUUUCCAGAGAUUUUUUUCCUAAAUGAGCAAAAGGGGCCUGGAAUAGGGUGUCUGAGGGUUAACUAAGUAACAGAGACCUUCUUCCCCUUUGUAAAUAAUAUUUUUAUAUUUUGUCCUCACCAUCUCAGGCUUUGUACAUGGGCUCCUUCAAUGGAGGGACAGGGUGAUUUCGAUCCCUUCCAGAGGAGGUGGAGCUGGGGAAAAUGUAUUUAAAGAACAUUAAAGUUAAUAUUGUUUCUCUCUAA